AUGCCCAUCCCGAGCACCACCCGCGAGUAUCGUCUCCCCAAGGCGGACGGCUUCCACAACCUGACACUCACCGAGGCUUCCAUCCAUCCGCCCAGGUCCACCGAGGUCCUCGUCAAAGUUCACGCUGUCUCCCUCCAGUUCCGCGACCUCGUCGUCGCGAAGGGCCAGUACGCCCUUGGCCAGAAGGACAAUGUCGUCCCGGGCUCAGACAUGGCCGGCCAGAUUCUCGCCGUCGGCGACGACGUCAAGGACUGGGCCGUCGGCGACAAGAUCUGCGCCAACUUCUCCGUCGACCACAUCUUUGGCGACGCCUCCCAGCAGAUCAUCCUCAGCGGCCUCGGCGGACCCAUCGACGGCGUCCUCACCGAGUACAAGAUCCUGCCCGCGCACUCUCUCGUCAGGAUCCCGGACGGCUGGUCGUACAUCGAGGCCUCGACCCUCCCAUGCGCCGCAGUGACCGCGUACAACGCGCUCCUGGGCGCGAACCCGCUCAAGGGCGGCGACAUCGUCCUCGUCCUCGGCACCGGCGGCGUGUCCAUCUUCGGCCUCCAGAUCGCCAUCGCAAGCGGCGCGACGGUCAUCGCGACCUCGUCCUCCGACAACAAGCUCGCGGUCGCGAAGAAGCUCGGCGCGAAGCACGUCAUCAACUACAAGAAGACGCCGGACUGGGAGAAGGAGGUUCUGCGGAUUACAGGCGGGCGCGGCGUGGACCACGUUAUUGAGGUGGGCGGGGCAGGCACGAUCAACAAGUCGCUCGCGAGCACGCGGAUUGCGGGGACGGUCAGCGUGAUCGGGUUCGUCGCAGGGGCCGGCGACAUCUCGAGCCUGCCUGGCAUCAUUCUGGGCAGGGGCGCGCUCGUUCGGGGCAUUCUCAUCGGCUCGCGCACGCAGUUUGAGGCGCUUGUGCGGCUGAUCGACACGACGGGGCUGAAGCCCGUCGUGGACAAGGUGUUCGCGUUCGACGAGACGCGGGCGGCGUACGAGUAUCUGGAGAGCCAGCAGCACGUCGGGAAAGUGUGCGUGCAGGUCGCCGCGGCGUGA